GAUCAUGGAGCUGCACUGCCUUCCUACUGAUACCCCCACCACAGCCAGCUCCUGCUCCACGGAUCCCCCGUACGACAACUGCCCACCUUUUGGCCAGCGAGAGAGAGCCAGGGAGAAGGAAAUGGAGAGUGGAGUUGUGUGCCCUGCUGUAACCAGACUCCCAGGCCCCCAGAGCCCACUGCCUGGUCUGGCCCCAGCUGUGGCUGAGGUUCAGACAGUGGUCGGUGGGGGAAGAGGGCCUGGCAUUUGGCCAGCUCACAGCUACUGCAACUGUAAAGAGGGCCUGGGAAGACAGGCCUGGGAAGCAGAGCUAAGCAGAGGCAUAAACACAGCAAGAGGAGGAGACAGAGGAGGAGAACAGGGGUGUAGCUGGGGAGUUCAUGUGAACCAAAGCCCAAGCCCAUCACAGAGUGAGGAGCACCGGAGCGCUCUGUCUCUGUAUGAUAAUCUCCCUGAUGCUGAAACAUCCAACAGCCUCCAGGACUUUGACACAGAAACAAGCCUCCAGGAACACUUGCAGGAGCAGAUGCACAAAGCUGUAGCAUCCAAACAAAUCCAGGGAUUGAUGGAGGAUGACUGUGUGACUGAAAAGAUGCUCAGUAAAAGAUGUUCUAGCAACCAGGACCAGAAACCAGACCAAGACGAGGAGCAUGAACAGGAGCCAGAGCUGGACUCAGGAUCCUGUAGAUUAACAGAAGGGGACCUGAUGCAGCAUCACCACCUCCCUAUGUCGCUUCCUCAACAUCUUACACAAAAUUCCGCUCAGAUGCGUCAAACCAAGUGUCACGACCCACCGCUGUGGCCUCUGGCUGAUGUCAAACAGCCAAAACAGACAUCGUGGUCUCCCAGAGUGCCCCCUCCAUUACCCCUGGCAGACCCCUCUGCCAGUGCUUUACGCAGCCUCCUCACCAGCCUGCAGCACCAGAUAAUGAAGCAGAGAGAGGAAUAUGAAGCACGGAUAAUCAGUCUGGAGCAGAGAAAUGAAGAGCUACAGAUGGAGGUAGUUCGUCUGAAAACAAACCUCGCACAGCAGCGGCACUGGUACCAGGUUGUGCAGGCGAAGAUCGUGGAAUCUGAACGGGCACGGGCUGCCGCGGAAGCACACAAUACCACAAUGCAGAGGGAGAUGGAGCAGUUUUUCGACAUCUUUGGAGAGCUCAACAACGAGGAAAAGAAAACAGAACACAUUGUGAAGAGCUUUUGAGAAAGGUUAUGAUACGAGCAGUGUGUGCAAAGAGUAGGAAAUAAAUGCACAAGAUGAGCUGGUCAUUACACUCUAACGAGGGUCUUUUAUCACUAUGUCACUAAUAAAGCAAUGUACAGUCA